AAAAUAUUGUGUACGGAUAACAUUAAAUUUUAUUUUUAUUAUUAUUAUUUUUUCGUAGUAAAAAAAAUUAAAACAAAAAUCUAAAACAAAAAUCUGGAAAAUCACAGUUUAAGCUUUAAAAAGGAUGGUUAAAAAUUAUGAUGAAGUUAGUAAUAAUUCAACAAUUAAUAACUGUAGUAGUGAUUGUAAUCCAACAUGUAAUAAUACCGCUAAAAGUUUAAAGUUCAAAGUACCUGUUGUAACAUUCAGUGAGUUCAAUGAUAAUAAAGUGCAAAAUAUAUCACAAUCACCAACUGGACAAACAAAUGAUUUACCAACUGGUAUAAUUAAAUCAUCAUUAUCAAAAUCAGCAUCAGCACGUCAAUUAGGAUCAACAUCAAUUAAUGAAUAUCGUCAUCAUCCGCAUUAUAAUCAUCAUAUAUGUAAUAAUAAUUUUGUAACACAAUCAUCAAUAACAGAUGAAAAUGAGAUAUUAUGUAGCCGUUGUGAUCAAACAAUUGACCAUAUUACAAUGAAUCAUUUAUCAGUUUCACCAAUUCAAUCACCAAAUGAUAAUUUUUUACCAUCAACAUCAUCCGGUAUUGGUAAUACCGGUGGUGGUAGUGGUGGUGUUAACGGUGGUAGUGGAUUAACAAGUAAUCCAACAUCUUCUGCUCUUAUAAAACGAAAUGAAUCUUCAAAUUCUGUAACAUUUCCAAAUGAAAUGUUAAUAUCAAGAAGACCAUCAGUAUAUUGGCAAGAAAUAAUGAGUACAAGAAGACCAUCAGCAGUAAUGGCGACAAUUAAAGGGAAAUUAAAAAAUCCAAAACUAAUGGGAUCAGUACAAGAAGAUGUUAACGGAAGUGUAAUGUCCUUAAAUUCUAUUGGAAGCAAUAAUAUGAGUGCUAAAGAAUUUCGACAAAAUGGUGGAUCAAAAAAUGAAUAUUUAGCGUUAUUAGCACAAAGAAAAAAUAGAAAAAUGGGAGAUGACGAAUUAAGCAAAUCAUUAUCAUCACUUUAUUGCAAACUUUUAGUAAUAUUAGGCGUUGCAUUACCAGUUUCCGAAAUAAUUUCCGAAAAAAUUCAUCCACAUAUUUAUCACGGUUUUUAUGUUUAUUUAUAUUGUGGAAGCAUAUUAUUUGUGUGUUCUGUAUACGCUGCAUCAAUUAAAAAUCGUACUUUAUUCAAGAUAUUAAAAAAUUAUCAUGAAAAAGCAAAUAAUAUUCAAAUUCGACGUAAAGUUGCACAUUUUGGUAGUUUUUAUUUAAGAGUUGGUGCAAUAGCAUUUGGUAUUGGUACAAUGGUAUAUUCUGGUUUAGAAUUUGGUCAAUAUUUUGAGGGACAUUCUGGUUGUCAUGAUGUAUUUGUUGCAUUAACACCAAGUGCUAGAAUGAUAUUAUCAAUAAUACAAAUGCAAUUUAUAUUUUUGAAUACAACAGAACUUGAUAUGGAUAAACAUAAAGUAAUUGCAAGAUUUGGUUUAAUGCAUAUGGUUGCAACAAAUUUAUGCGAAUGGUUAUACGUAUUAGUUGAAGAAACGCGACAUGAGAUAUUACAUUAUACACAGGAGCAUGAUAAUCAUAAUCCAAAUGAUAAUAAUCAUCCGAAAUCUAUUGAUAUUGAAUCAAAUAAUAUUGCAAAUAUUAUUGAUUCAAGUAUAGAAAAUUUAAAUAAUAAUAUUGAAAAUUCUAUUAGUAAUAUAUCAAAAAUAUUUAAUUAUAAUAAUAUAACAAAUGAUACAAUCCCUCCAUCAUUAUUUUUACCUGCAUCAUCAUCAUCAGUAUCGGAAAUUUCACAAAUAUCAUCUCAAAAUAAUGCUGGAAAUAUAUAUAAUGGUCCUGUAGUUAAUUGUCAUCGUACAAAUAAUAUAAUGGGAUCAUUGGUUCAAGAUUCAGCACCAUUUUUAUUUCCAUGUACUAUAGAAUAUUCAUUAAUUUGUGCUGUAAUAUUAUAUGAAAUGUGGAAGAAAAUUAAAUCAAUUCCUGAUAUCGAAAAGACAAGACGUGAUUCAAUAAAAAUGUCAACAGGUAAAAAUCAAAGGAAAGCUAAUCAAUUUUCGGUUGAUUGUUCAAAAGCUCACCAAGGUUUAUUUUUUGGUAUUCUAAUAACGGUAAUGACAAUUAUCAGUAUGAUAAUGUAUUUUGUAUUACACGACAGAGUAGGCUAUAAAGAUUUUGCAAUGUUCGAAGUAACUAUUUGUGAAAUGAUCAUUUACAGUGUGACAAGUGCUGCUGUUUUAACUGCAAUGUAUCUUAUGAGAGAUUUAAAAUUUGUUAAUAAAAUUCAUGAUACAAAUCAGAUGAACUUAGAUAAUACGCUAUUAGUUGUAGCACAAACUGGUGUAUUCGUUUAUGGAAUGUUUAGUAUAAUGGGAUCAUAUUUUUCAAUAUCUGAUGGUAUUCCAUAUGUUUUAGAAGGAUUAUGGUCCGAAAUUUUAGGUUUAAUACAAACAGCUUUACAAACAAUAUUUAUAUUAAAUGCUUCUUGGAGACGAUGUAAAGGUGCACAACAACAAAGAUCUAAGCCUGGAAGACAAACAAUAACAUUUUUAUUAAUAGCAAAUGUUUCAAUGUGGUUUAUUAAUACAUUAAUAAAGGGUAGAGCGGCAUUUCGUCAAAGUCAUUUAAAAUUUUUUGGAAUAUGGGCAUGGACAAUAAUAACUCAUGUUUCAAUGCCAUUAGCCAUUUUUUAUAGAUUUCAUUCAACAAUAUGCUUAUUUGAAAUAUGGAAAACAGUAUAUAAAGCGAAAUAAAAAAAAACAGACAAUGUGCAAAAAUUAUAAACGUAUAGUUUAUAUGUACAUAUGUAUUUUUAAAUUAUAUUUUGUAAAUUACCUUACUUGUAUUACUGCAAUUCGUUUCGGCCAUUCGGAAGUCAAAUAAUUUUGAAUUUAAAAAAUUGUUCCAAUAACUUAUUGAUUUUCAUAUUGUACAAGCAUGGGUACUUACUUUAUAAAAAACAAAAUCACAAUUACGCAUUUCAGGAAAACUAUUUAUUUUUUCUUGUAAUUACUUCACUAAUUGUAAUAUUAAUUAUUUUACAACUGAAAAAAAUAUUUUAACGACUUAAUUUUCACAGAACUUAAAAGGCAAAUUCAUAAAGUAGUGUUUACACUUCACAUAUUUUUCGGACAAAAAAUUUCAGUGUUUUUACACAGCAAUUAAUUCAAAAAAAGUUUAAACGAAAACGUCAAAUUCAUUUAGUUUGUUUUAAUCUCCCCGAUUAGUUUUACUGAAAAAGAAGCUUCCCAGAACUUGUUUCUCGCAUUUUGCUUUAAAGCAUUAGAAAUUGAUUUUCCGUGUAUUCUGUAUAAUUUUAAUUGUUUUCCCAUUUUUUGUAUAAUUUUGUAUACAUUGUAUAAUUUUAAUUGUAAUCCCAUUUUUUUACAUAUCAGUUUAAAUUAAAUUUCAAAAAUCAGUUCAAAUUUGUUUUUUCAAUUAGUAGUUCUUAUAACGUGAAGUUCUUCUUAUAACAUUUCCACACAUAAAUACAAUUAUGCUCAAGUACAUAUGGAUGUCAAAAACGUAUUGCUAAAAAUUGAUUGUACUCGUAUAGUAUUAU